AGAGCGCGCGCGCGGGGCGUUUCAGCCGCAGUAGAAGUGCGCGGAGGGAAGGAGUUGGGGUCCGGGCGUGCGACGUUCGGCUAGAUAUCCCUGAUCUAGGUGGGACAGCCAGGUGACAAGUUCAAGAUGCCCGGACGGUCCAGUACCUCUGCAGGCUCUACGGGCUACAUCUCCUUCAGUGGUGUAGAGUCUGCUCUCUCCUCCUUAACCAACUUCCAGUUCUGUAUCAGCUCUGGGAUGGACAUAGUUUCUAGUGUUGCCUUGGACCUUGUGGAGACCCAAACCGAAGUGAGUAGUGAAUACAGUAUGGACAAGGCCAUGGUUGAAUUUGCUAAAAUGGAUCGAGAACUAAACCAUUAUGUUAAGGCUGUCCAGUCUACAAUAAAUCAUGUAAAAGAAGAACGUCCAGAAAAAGUACCAGAUUUGAAAUUACUGGUGGAGAAGAGAUUUUUGGCUUUACAGGACAAGAACUCUGACGCCGACUUUAAAGAGAAUGAGAAGUUCGUGCAGUUCAGGCAGCAGCUGAGGGAGCUGAAGAAACAGUACUUGCCGUUUGGACAUCGCAUACAGAUAUGUUGGUGUGGUCUGGUUCGCCUGGCUUCCUUGACUCAGCAUGAUGCUUCCCAGCUUCAUCCAUGUAGAAGCAUGUGUCCACACAUCCGUCUUCCUACCGUGUCAUCCGUGUGUGGACAUGUCAUGUUAUUGACUCAUGAGCUGGCUGGCGUCAUGCUGCUUCUCUCUGUUGCCUGUGGAACGGCCAGGCUGUUUCCCACAGCGAGGGCGCCAUUGUCCAUUUCCACCAGCAGUGUAUGGGGGUUCCAAUUGCUCCACGUGCUCGCCGGCCCUUGUUUCUGCCUGUCCUUCUAACUGUAGCCAUUUAGUGGGUGUGAAGUGGUGUCUCAUUGUUUUGCCUUACUUUUCUCUGAUGGAUUAAUAUUGUGGUGUUUAUAUAUUACUAACCUGGAGCAGAAGUUUAAAUCUCAUGCUUUCAUAUAGAAACCACUGCAUAUUACUGGAUUAACCAGUAAUUCUGAAGCAAAACCAUAGUUCUGUACCAGAUAAAUGUUGUUCAUGAAGUUAUGCUUGAGAAAAAGACAAAAAAAAAAAAACAUAAAGUAAAAUUACUUGGGAUGAGGAUAACACUCUCACCCGGGACAUAAGUCUUGCAGUAUGAAUUCAUCUGCAGUUUUCCUUAUCUGUGUUACUAAAGUGCUAUUAUGUGACAUUUACUGGAUAAUCCAGACAGCACUUUGACUAAAUCCACAGGAUGGUGUCACUAGGUAAACACUUGAGAAUGGAAAUGUGUGUCUCUUCUGGUUUUAUCAGUUGAGAUUAAAGGUGGUUUACAGUACAGGAAACCUUUUCUCCACCCCUCUGCAUCUCAGUACAGCCUGAUAAUCUGUCACCUGAAACUACUUAAAAUAGGUUGGGCUUUCUUGACUGUCCUGUUGCUGUGAUGACAUCAGGACCUGACUGCAGAGGAGAGAAAAGAACAUUUCUCAGAUUUGUUUGCUUCCAUGUCCUUUGUCCCCAGUUAAAAGCACUGCCCUUUUUAGCCCUUACCUCUGUCUGGUUCUCAGAUGUUUUCUACGCUGUCUCUUUCCCCUGUGGAGCUCCUAGUCUGCUCAUAAUUGUUUCUGUCAAGGAAAUAACACCAUGUGCAGCCUGGAAGUGUGUGAGUCUCACCAGCCCUCGAUAUGUACAAAGUGAGGAGGGGGCUGGUGGAGGAGAAGAAGAAUCUUGAACCAAAUUCAGAAAAUGCUUUCUCUAGAAAGAAUCUCAGGAUAGCUCCGAAAGCUCCCCAGGACCGGUAACUUCCCAGGAGACCAGUCAUCCUCGCUGGCACAUAGAGAGCCCCGCCCAGAGGGAAGCUUCAAGUGCUGUGCAUUCCUGACUGCAUGUGGUACUGUUUGUGGAAGGCCUGCAAGGGACCAAGGAGAAAAGAGAAAGAAAGAGUAGGUAGUUCCGCCCUUCGUAGCUUCUACCUCUGCCUUUAUCUGCUCCUCAACUUAAUGUGGGCCUGUGGCUCGGCUGGGGAGUGGUCCAAAGAAUAACUAGAUUGACUGAAAGAAUUUGAUUUCUGCCACCCCAAAGUAAUGGGGGGGAAGGGCACGACAACUUUAGACAGACUGGUGAAAGCCUUUGUGAAUUCUCUUGACACUUUUUUGUAAUUGAAACACUGCUCUGGGUGACGCAAGCACAGCCUGGACCACGUGCCUUCAGAACUACUACCGAGGACCCAGAUAGUGACCAUUGCUAUGUUAGUAGGAAUUGUGGUUUCGUUCUGAUCUUUAAAGUGACUAGCCCUCAAGUAAUAGAAAAAGAAAUGAUGGCGAGUGCUUGUUGAGCUGGACCGUGUGUGCGCGCUCAGACCAUGUGAAGGGCCUGGCCAGGCUCCCGGUUCACCUUUUCCAUAGCCCUCUGACAUGACAGUCAUCCUUCAAGUGCUUGCCUGCCGUAUCCACUGUGCUUAGCUCAACACGCAUCUGUCUGUGGCGGACAGUGAACAUGGUGGCUUCCUGCACACACGUGUUCUGUGAGAAUGGGGAGGACACUGGGAGCCGAGAGGCUCGAGAGGGCUGUGUCGCUUAGCCACGUUAGGAAGCCAGCUGCCGGGUUGGCUGUGGCACAGCUUAUUUUUCACUGGAUUCUGAGUUUCCUUGCAUCAGUUUGUACAGAAAGCUUCGGCUCCGCUCGCUCAUUCCCACACAGGAGGGGAUGAUGGCCGAGGAAACGCAGAUUCACUUGUUCCUGUAAGAAAAUAGUCAAAAGUGCUCCUGUGGAACAACAAUGGAUUUGAAAGUUUGCUUGUUCUUUUCUAUUAUGAAAUUGAAAUAAAAAAGAAAUGUUACCUCCACUGAA